GAAACAGGGCACAGGGAAUGGCCAUAAAAACCGUGCACUAAUUCGGCAUUCUGGUCUUACGUCCGUUCGAAAUUGCUGAUGCAACUUUAGGUGCCUUUUGCUGCAUCAAAGUCAUGCAAGUUUCGCUGUGAAAGGUGCAAAGGAAAUUGCAGCACGGGAUGCAAAACGGAUGCCGUUGGAAUGGUAUGCAGUGUCAAAAAAGUGGUAACCGCUGCUUCGUUCCAGGAAUUAAUCAAAAAAAGAAAGAAAGUGUGGCAAGGUGCGAAGGUAGGCUGAUGCAAGUUACGAGUCGUGUUGGUCGAGCCAACCUGAGGAAAGGAGACCAGCCCCUCCUCGGCUCGCGUCAGGUCGCGGCGCGGCGGCAACAAUAAAGUUAUCUGCGACGCGCCAGACGUAAUACGUUCACGCACACAAGAGCCAGCCAUAGCGUAUUUCCCCCCGUCGGCGGCAGUCAUUGACGUCCCCACCUGCCCGAGGAUUGGUUAUGUCCGUCGAGCCCUUCUCUCGCAGGGUAUAAAAGAGGCUGCGGCUGCCGAUAACGUCAUAAACCAAAAAGUUCAUCCAAGAGAAACUACUGCAAGUGCACCCGAUCUUCUCUCGCUGCAAUAUCGAGGAUUAUUAUUAUUUCUCUUCAGUUGAUAUUCGUCUGGUGCAACAACACAAUGAACAAGACAGUGAUUUUAGUGUUGACGCUGGCGCUGAUCGUCGGCUUCGCCACCGAGGCUCAGAGCUACCCCCGCAGAAUGAAGCGGGUUUCUGACCAGAGGUUGGCCGAACUGGAGACGCUACUCGCCCUAUCCAAAAUGAGGGGUAAACUCGUGACAGUGCCCAUCGGCUUCGGAAGGAUAGACCCUGCUAAAAUAGGCCGACGCAGGCGGUCGCUGAGGAAAAGGCAAGAGUACAUGGAGGACCUGGAAGUGGAGCGUUUGCUACUCGAGGAGGAAAACACGUCUUCGGAAAAGAUGCUGAGGCCUUCGGAAGACAACCUGCUGCGGGAUUACCUGCUCAAAUGGUCCAAGCACGACUCUAUAGAGAACCAAUGAACAUUCAUCACCACUUAGAUACAUAGCAACACACACACACACACUUAAUUGUUAAUAAUUUAUUGUUUCGUACAUGGAAGCGGCACUGCACCGCCGCACACGUGCGGAGGCCCGUCGCGCUGGAGAGAAAACACGCGUGGAACUGAGUAUUUCUUGAACGAUUUCUGUGAUAAUUUAAUGAUUUCAGUAUUAUAUAGUUCCGGGUUAUCACAGGAAUUCCACUUGUCUUGUUUUUCUCUGCAAGGGAAAGCGGAGAUUGCGGUCCGCAAUAAGUUUUUGUGUGAAUCGUCUCCCGAAGAAAGAGGAGAGGAUCGCGUUUGAAUUCUCGAGUUACGGAUUAUUUGGGAAUAAGCAAGUUCCUAAAAUUGUUAACUCGUCGCCACUUCUAGUCAUUUUGAUAUAUUUUGUAUUUAUAUUGCUAAUUUAUUGCUCGGCGUCUCUGUGUUCAAACGUUUUACCAAACAAUAUAUUAAUAAAAAAUGAAUGUUCAAAUUAA